AAUUGAUCCGACAGGACCAGUUAGAAAUCACAAUCGCAAAUUACAGACAAAAGAGCCAUCUCGGGGAGCCAGCCCCCAACAUCGCCUAUCUAUGCUAAAUUGAGGGUUUCAGCCUUGUUUUCUUAAUCGAUCCACGGCUGUUGUCUUUUUUUAAUAUCUUAUGACAUCGGACGGCUAAUGCACACCUUGAUCCUGGAGGUGGAGGCUGGGAUACGCUGGUCUUGCGUUGGGCGUCUGCCCACUUUCAAAUCGAUCGAUCAAUCAAUUGAUCACUCUGCCCAUUCCAUUUGACGUCCACGGACGCAACACCUUACCCACCUCACCCAUUCCAUUCGAGUAGAACAGAGCUAAAGGGCCCGGCUCCGGCCCCGGCCCGAGCACAGGAGCACAGGAGCACGCAGCCUCGCGCGCCGUUCCGUCCCGGAUCUCUGGCUUCACAGCGACCGAGACUGAACCCGCUCCGUACGGUUGAUCGAGGGUUUGAGGUGUAGGCCACUGUGGCCUAGACUAUACCCAGCAUCAUUAAGCUUGAUAGGUGGUCCUGGUCCCUUGGUGCUCGCCGCAACCUCGUGCGCCGCGCUCCCUGUUGGCAAUCAACCCUGCGACUUUUCGCUUUGUUACUUCUCCCGUUACCUGUUAUCUUUGUUUUCUUUUUUUGCGGUCCCCUAUCCAGCUAUCGGACGGGGGGUCACGGCACCUAGCCUUCGCUUCCCUUCUGUCAAUCUCUCGCCGCUGCACCCCCAUCUCAUCCCGGGCCGCAACCUUACUCUUUGCUCGACAUUUACAAUGGCGGCACGUGCUCCUGGGCAGGAUGCCGCCAGAGAGGAGCCAUCAUGCUUCAACUGUGGGAUCAAAGGCCACUUUGCCAUAGCAUGUCCCGAAGAAGUUCGCAAAGAGCCUGCUGGUCUACAAGCAUUCCGUGAGCGCAAAGCCGCGGCACAAUCAAAAGGUUCUCGUGGAGGUCCUGGGCAGGGUAAAGGUUCGGGCGGGACAGGCAUGAUCAUCACAAAAUACGCACCGCCGCCGCAUCCAUCACUUCCACAACCGCCACCUGCUGCAGCUAUCUUAGGCUACUAUCCUCAACCAACACCGCCCCCGCAUGCUGCGCAUCCGGCUCAGUCGGCCGGCCCUCCUGCCUGGCAUUACCCUCCCAGCAACUACAGCCCAGCAUACCAAGCGCCUCCACCACCGCCACCACCAACGCCGGCUCACCAUGCACAACCCCCUUAUGAACCUUAUGCUCACCCAGCAUACCCGCCAGCCGCUCCUAAUGGCGGCUCCUACUACCCACCACCUUACAGUGCCCCUCCUCCUCCCCCUCAGCCGCCGUACUACCCGGGACCGCAAUCAACCUACAACUCUCCCAUAUAUCCGCCUCCUGCUCAGUCCGCACCGGUGCCAGGGUUUCCAUAUCCGCCGGCAACGCCUCCUAUUUCUGCUAGCCCAUCAUACCCGUACACUGCCCCACCGCCUCCAACAUACACUCCACACCCUUUCGAUGCAGCUCAAGGUUACUAUCCACCUUCUUAUCUCGACGAGAGAGGCCGAGGUAAUUUCUGCCCUGGCGCUCGUGGUCAUGGUCAGUCCCGCCCUCGUGGCGGCUCGAAUAACCGCGACCGUGACCGUCAUCGAGACCGUGACCGAGAUAGAGAGAGGCACAGGGGACGAGAUCGAGAUCGCAAUUUUGGUUCCAAGAAUCAACGCAAGGGUGUACUGCAAAAGGCGCAGACACUUCCACAAACGAGUGGAAAGGCAUCGCCGCCAUCUGAACCACAAAAAGACAAGUUGGAGGGCAGUCCGAUCACGCCAGCAAAGGCCACUGGAAAACCCAAGACCCCUGAAAGGGGCCAAAGCCCUGGCAUUGAGGAUAUUUUGGGGUGCGACCUGGAGUCUGCGUUCACGGAGCUUCCGACCAAGCCUGCAGACCCCGUCGGCCAGCCUCUUCCCAGCGAAUACACCGACGCUCCUACGAUACCUCCAGCGUUCGAUGCCAAGUGUCUCAAAUCUGAAUUUUUCUCGGCGGAUGACUGUGAUUCGUUCAGUAGUUCCAUCCGCGAUACCAAGUACUGGAAGAAUGCAAAGCAUGACCCAGUCUUUAAGGCAUGGGCCGGUAUGGUGUCCCGCCGCUUCGUCAACAGCAUCCACCUGUACCACAGCUACCGAACUUCCUCCGCUCCGAGCCCCGAUGAGAUUAUCGCCGAGGACGUUGUACUCGAUGAGAUAGUUGUCCAACCAUCACCACCGCGCGUGUCCAGCCCAACAGUCUCAAAUCCGAGACUGCCUGGUGCAAAGUCCGAUGUCCUGGGAAAACAUGCAAGAGGUCCCGCUGACGGUGGGGAGAAACAGUCUUCUCUUAAACGAUUCAAAGGUAUAGCGGGCUUGCCUAAGCUGUCUGCUUUUCAGUCGCCUCCCGGUGUCAAACGGCACCACCAACGAGGGGAAGGUGGUAGCCAUUUAUCUCAGGAUAGCAGGGACGAUCGUAAUACGCACAGAGACUCACCGCGGUCUAGAGAGUCGCCGUACAAUUCAAGAGCACGCCAUGAUUCGGGCUAUCAAAGUAACAAUUCUCCGGACAAGCCAUACGGGGAGCGUUUCUACGGUAGUUCGAACGCGACCCGUGACCACCGAGGACAAUCAAGAUCGCGGCCCCAGUCUCGCUCUCGCUCUCGCUCUCGGUCUUCUUCGCGGCAAAGAGGUCGCGAAGCCUAUAAGCAACAAAGUCUCUCCAAGAGCCCUUCUGGUCGUCAUGGCCGUCAUGGAUCACCGAGUUAUGCAAGGACACGAUCAAGUUCGCCCUUAGAUGACUUUGAAAGAGAGAUACUGGGUAUAGCACGGGAAGAGGCUCCUGAAAAGAAGGCUGCCAAGCCAAAGCGGCGUCACGACAGACUGGUCGAAGUCUUCAGUCGCCGCUGGUGAACCAGCUCUUCUUCGCGCCUUGUACAUGGCACAACCAUCGCCAUCGCUCAAGCUUCUGACGAGCUUUUGCCGUCAUUUUUUGUUAGCAUUACGUUGUCCGUCUCUGCCUCCAUGUCAUACGCCUGAGCACCCCGUGACUCACCCAGCCCACCACCAAGGCGCUGCGGGUGCGACUGCCAGCGUUCGCUAUGUGUGGUUAUCCAUGGGUUCGCCGUGGCCAGCCAUCUGCCUAGUACGGCAAGGCUAGCUGCUACAUGGCCUUGCUUUUCUCUUACACGCAUCUCACAUGAUGUUGGGAUCUCGGAUUUUGACUCCUCUUAGCCUGUCUUUCUUUCAUUCGAACCCGCCUAGGACGGGUUGUUCUGAUUAUUCUGAUGGACGGGGCCCGACCCCAUCCCUUCAUAUCAGCCAUAUACACACAUCAACCGGAGUACAUCAUGUAGGCAUGGGUCUCCGGUGUUGCAUAAAGGUCGAUGGACCUGUUGGUCUAGAAUCUCUACUACUGCUACUCACACUCAUGUACCUGGAAUAAUAUUAUAAUGACGUUAAAUUCCUACGCCAAUCGAUGCCUUGGGCAUGACGUAUCCAUGGUCAACCACAACCAGCACACCAUACCUUGUGUCCUGCAUGUUCC